UUUAUUCUAUUCCAUAAGCAUCGGUCACGAAAACUUGGCAAUAGAAACCACGUUGGCCAACAGAUUCUACCUGUCUAAUGGCAGUGUAUUGAUAUAGGAAGCUGCAAAUUUCAUCAACUGCCAAGGCUUCACAGGAAAGCCCACGAGAGGCAAAUCUCCCAACUGAAAUUCUACUGAUAAGAUGGAGUUGGGUGUAUGGAUUAUGUUAUUGAUUUGUAUUGUUCUUGCUCAAGGAGAGAAUGCCUAUGCCUUCACAUUGGAGGAACCCCAAUACGCAUUGGUGCAUCAAGAAUCUGAUUUCGAGGUGAGAUUGUACAGAGAAAUGACCUGGAUGUCUGCGUCUCCUUUUCAGGAAGUUUCUUUUGAGAAGGCCACACUUCAAGGCUUCCACAGAUUGUUCCAAUUCAUCGAGGGGGCCAAUAUGAAUUUCUCUCGUAUCCCAAUGACAGCACCAGUUUUAACAAGCAUUGUACCUGGAGCUGGACCAUUUGGUAGCUCAGGCUACAUUGUAAGAUUCUACUUACCUACAAAGUUCCAGGAUUCACCACCAGUGCCACUGAAAGCACUAAACUUGUACCCAGAUCAUUGGGAGGGUCAUUGCGUUGCAGUUCGUAAGUUCUCAGGCUUUGCAAAAGAUGAGAAUAUAGUAAAAGAAGCAGCUAAGCUAGCGGCCAGUUUAAGCGAUUCUCCAUGGACGGAUUUAUCCUUUAAAGGUGGAGAAAAUUAUGCAUAUUCAAUUGCACAGUACGACAGCCCUUUCAAAAUCUUUGGACGUUUGAAUGAAGUUUGGGUUAAUGUUACAGGGUCCUCGGAGCAAUGUCAACCAAGUUUGACUUUGCUGAAAAGUGUUAGCUGAAUUGGGUUCAUCAAUGAGACCGCAGUUGUAAAUACUCCGUCCUAAUGAUGUGGAAUCUCUUAGAAUAAAGGUGUUACUUUCUGAAGAUGGCAUGGUGACUGUAUUUGUCGUUCGUAAUUUCACCAUGCACAGGAUGGGAACUUGCAGUUAAGCUUGAUAUUUAACUUGUAUAAUCUUCUGUAUAUUCUCACUGUCGUAUAUAACUGAAGCAAUCUCAACAAUAUAUCUAGUCAGCUUUUAGCUAAGUUUA